CAGCUCCAAAUAAACUGCAGCGCCCGUUCAGCUCAUUCGUCUCCCGGAUUCCAACGCGUGUCCGUCCUUUACCCUCCCGAGAGGCGAAAGCAGAGUCCCCUUACCGCCGCCGGCCGCUGCCAUGGACGUUGGCGCGAAGGAGGAGAGGGAUCAGGCGUGGUGGGGCCAGCGUGCAUGGUCCCUCCUCUCCGCUGUCCGCGCACGGGCGCCGCUAGUGCAGUGCAUCACCAACCUCGUGUCCAUGGACAUCGCCGCCAACGUGCUGCUCGCCUCGGGCGCCUCGCCGGCCAUGGUCCACUCGCUCCGCGAGGUGCCCGACUUCACCCCGCGCUGCGCCGCCGUGUACAUCAACGUAGGUACGCUAUCCGAGGACUGGCUCCCUUCCAUGCGCGCCGCCGCCUGCGCCGGCCGCCCGUGGGUGCUCGACCCCGUCGCCGCCGCCGCCUCCGGGUUCCGGAUGGAAGCCUGCCUCGAGCUCCUCUCGCUCUGCCCAGCAGUCGUCAGGGGGAACGCCUCUGAGAUUCUCGCGCUCGCCUCCCGCUCAGCCGCCGCCUCCUCUUCCAAUUUCAAGGGUGUGGACAGUUCACAUGGCUCUGUGGAUGCUAUUGAAGCUGCAAAAGCAUUGGCAUUGUCCAGCAGCACUGUAGUUGUGGUAUCCGGAGCUGUUGAUUUCAUCACUGAUGGGAAGCAGGUUGUCAGCGUGAGCAACGGUGUGCCGAUGAUGCAGAAGAUCACCGCAACAGGGUGCGCUGUGACUGCUCUUAUUGCUGCAUUUGUCUCCAUGGAACCUUCGGAUGCCAUAGUUGCAGCAGCAUGCGCUCUUUCCAUCUUUGGUCUGGCGGGAGAGAUUGGGAUGGAGUCAGCCAAGGGGCCUGCCUCUCUUAGGAUGCACCUCAUCGACGCUCUCUACUACCUUGAUGAAGAAAUGGUCACCUCUCGAGUUAGGAUUUCCUUGCGACCAUGAUCCUGUGUGAUGGCUAUGUUUUUCAGGUAAAUACGGAGUUUGGAAUAAUGUAAAGGCUGAGUUCACUUUCUGAAAUGUCUUGAUAACCAUGAUACGAGGCAGAUCAGUGAUUGCCCAACCAUGAAAAUCGACUGUACGAAAUACCUAGGAUUGAUGCCCAAAUUUUGUGCCUGAAUUGUCAGCUGCACAGACUUAGUAGAAUACAGAAAAAUGAGGAACUUGUUCUUGAUCAGUUUAGAGUGAAGAUAUGGAGGCACGAUGGAGUAAUACACAUCAUUGGAUGUGUGUUUUACAUGGUGAUGUAGUGAUAAAGAGAGCUACUGUCAAGAAGACACAUGUGAUGCAUGUGACUCCAAAUGUUGAGAUGGCCGAGUUGGUCUAAGGCGCCAGAUUAAGGUUCUGGUCCGAAAGGGCGUGGGUUCAAAUCCCACUCUCAACAUAUUUUUUUAAUUUUCUAUUUGUUUUUAAAUUU